UGUGUUCAUAGCGACAGCCCGGGGUUUAUCGUGGAGGGGAAAGGCGCCUUUAGCAGUUAGCUGAGAUGCGCGCUGGGCUUCGUGUCUGCAGCCGAAAUGGAGACAGAUUCCCCAGAGGAGGAGAGGACCGUGGUGGUGUCCGGAGUGCCCGAGGUGUUGCCCGUCAGCAGGAUGAUAGACAAACUAACAAUUCACUUCCAGAGCUUCAGAAAGAGCCAUGGAGGAGACGUGGGGGUCGUCCAGUCCCCCACCAACAUGCAGGGAGUCGCUUUUGUCACUUUCGACAAUGCUGAAGAUGCAAACAGGGCGCUGCAAAAGGAGCAGCAGAUCAUGACGGACGAUGAGUUUCCAAAAGAAUACCUGCUCACGGUGUUCCCCUUCACUCCAGAUGUGUUUUUAUACGUCUCCAGCGCUACAGUUGAUCUCUUGGUAUUCGGCAGAGAUCAGUCGUUGCUGAUUCAGAGUCUGCGUUCAGCUCACAGGUCGAUACGUUUCCAACCUUCGCCUGAGAAGAAGGAAGCCAUCAUUGAAGGGCCUUUCACCGCUGUCCGGACCCUGAGACAGGACCUCAUCCUCAGGGCAGAAAGACUUAAAUCCUCAUCCCAAACAGCUGCCGUCAAACUCAAAGAAAUGGCUCCUAAUCCCAGGGUCACAUCUCCUCACAGAGGGGCUGAUGCUAAGCUCAAACCAGAAAGUGCGAACUGCUUAUCGCCUCCGCUGCACACCACAGGUGAGGAAACCCAACACCUGCACUCAAAUGCUAGAACUCCUUCCCCGAGGCGAAAAGCUUCCCAUAAGAGUGAUCGGCUCGAAAUGCCCACAGAAUACAGGACAGAGCAAGUGGAAACCAGCCCCAGUCCAGUGCAAAUUUCAAGGAAUAGACCGUCCUUACAAGGCCUGGAGCUGGAAAUAUCACCAAAACAGUCAGGAGUAGACGGUGUUUCAGAAAAACGCAGCAGACCAGACAGGGUUUCAGCGGCUCAGAUCAGAGGACAGAGUCAGACAGGCCGCAGCAGCAGUGCUGACUAUCUGAAGGAAUCAGAUCAGAACAACCCAGCCACUACCGCUAAGAUCCAGACCAGACUUAAACAUGUCUCAAAGUCCUCCAAGAGUAGCACUGGGGACACAGUUGCAGCUGGUCCCAGGGAUCAGGAGGAUACGUGCAUCUGGGUGGACUCCUACAUAUUCAGAUACAUCAAAAAAUUUGACAAAGAGGAGUUUGACCGUAUCUCCAGAGAAGUUGAUGUGUCCGUGCACAGCGAAGGCACCGACCUCGUAAGGAUAAUGUUGACCAAGAGGCCAACAUCCACGGUCUCACGGCUGCAGAUUGCAUUAGGAACACUCCAAAUAAUGGUGGAGGUUAGGAGAAAGCUGUUGAGAAUUCAUCAGAUCGACUUCAACAAGAAGGACAAGCAGAGAGUGAGACAAAUCUGCCAACAUGUGAACGUCCUGCACGCAAGAGUUUUAUACAUGAUAGGGGACUCUUGUGUAAUAGUCAUUGGCUACUCCGUUUCAUGUCACCUGUUCUGUGAAAUGGUGCAGGAGAGACUAAACUCAAAGACCCUCGAAUAACGUAAUAGAUGGAGUGACUGCAGUUCUAUAGAUGACCACACGGUGGCAGCAUUGUACUGCAUUUUGCAUCCACAAAACCAGCUCCUGCACAGUGGGUCUGAAAUCAACUUAAAGUUAAGUUAAAAAUGACUGGCACAGUUUGGAUCCCCCUGUUAAACCAACACAUAUUUUUUAUUACCCUGGCUAAUAAUCAGACUCAUAUGAGUUAAAAACCCUGUAUCGAAGAACUUCCUGUCUCUAAAACCCAGUUAAACAUGCUUAUUAAAUUAAAAGAAUCAAAUGCUUUGCUCCUGUUUAUCCCUGAAAUGUUUUAGUCAUUUUGAAGUUGAUUAGUUGUGUAUUUAUAGCUGACAAAAACGUGGAAAAAGUGGAAAAUACUCUUAAUAUAAAGUAAAUGUCUAAUUUGAUAUUGUUAUGUGUAUAGAUUUCUCCUUAAUUGACCAAAAUUGUAACAAAAGAUUUGUGAUAAUUGUACAUUUUGCAUCUCUUCAUGUCUGUUUAUUGCAUCUCUGUGAUUAUAUUUGCACUUUUUGUAGUUGUUUUGCAUUUCUUUGUGGUCGAUUUGCCUUUUUUUAUUAAAACUUGUA